GCGGGAGGCGGGGCCGGGGCCGAGGGAGCGCGAGCGGGCGAGUCGGGCUGAGGCGGCCCAGCGGGCGGGCGGGCAACGCGCAGCGGCGGAGGCCCCGCGGGGCCCACGGCAGACUCUCCAAGGAUGAAUGGUUCCAAUGUGGCCAACACAACCCCCCCGGCGGCCCCCCCGGCAAAAUGCAAGGAGGAGCAAGUCGUGAACGGCCACGAUGAGAAGGAGAGCAACCCCUUCGCGGAGUACAUGUGGAUGGAGAACGAGGAGGACUUCAACCGGCAGGUGGAGGAGGAACUUCAGGAGCAGGAGUUCCUGGACCGUUGCUUCCAGGAGAUGCUGGACGAAGAAGACCAGGAGUGGUUCAUUCCAUCCCGCGACUUGCCUCAGGGCCUGGGGCAGCUCCAGCAGCAGCUGAACGGACUCUCGGUCAGCGAGAACCCCCACGGCCACAUCACGGAGGACAUUCUGAGCAAAAGCACCUUAAAUCCGGACGCCAAGGAGUUUGUCCCUGGGGUGAAAUACUGAGCCGUCCGGCGAACCUCCUUCAAAAGACUCUUUUUUUUUUCCUGCCCUGGAUGGGUGUGGGGAUGGGGUGGGGGGGGGAGCGGGGCCCACUACUAGCAGUGGUGGGAAAGAGACUCUUUGCCGGCCAAUUGGGGGCCCUCUCUGGCUUCUUUAACCCCUUCUUGUCUUGCUGCCUUGGGACAUUUGGCAAACCAAGGGGAGAACCAAGACGCGCUCGCCGUGGGAUGGCGCCUCCGGAUGGGCCCACCCCCCCCCCCAGCCCCUCUGCUUCCGGUUAAACCCGCGCCCAGCCUCGCCUGACCCACCAGCAGCGUCUCCUGCUCGUCCCCCUCUCCCUCCCCCUGGUUAGCUGCCCCUCCAGGGGGGAUUCGGGAGUUUGCCACGGGGUAGGCGAAGGGGCUCCCCUCCUCCGUGGACGUUCGCCAGCACAACAACCUCCUGCCUCUGCAGCUUUGGGGCAGCCCCUUCCUCUCUUUGCGUUCGGCCAGGGUGGGGCAGGGGCUUCGGUGGGAGCUGGGCCCCCAGCCCCUCUUGGCGUUUCGGGGCAGGGAGGCUGGGCGUUUCGUGGGCUGGGCUGGAUGCCCCUUCCCUCCGGUUGCCAGCUGCCGUUCAGAGGAGCGAGGGCGGUGCUGCGUUUUGAGAGGAGUGAAGUGGUGCUGGGCCUUUCCUGGCCUUCCGUCUCUUCUCCCAUUCCCUCUCCCGAUCCAAAGCAAGCCCUGAAACACGGAAGUGUCCAAUCUUUGGCCCUUUGGAAGACCUGUGGACUUCAACUCCCAGAAUUCCCCGGCCUGGGGGGAUUCUGGGAGUUGAAGUCCACAGGUCUUCAAAGCGGCCUACGUCAGACAUCCCUGCCCUAAAAACACAGGGCCGGCAGCUACCGAUGGCUCCUCCGCCGUAGGUGUCCCUCCGCUUUCCCGCCAGGCGUCUGAAUCCUCACGGAGGCCGCUGGCUCUCUUCCGGCCCACCAGCACAACUUCCUCCAGUGAACGGGACAAUCUGGUGCCCGUCCGUCGGGCACAAGGCUCCCCAAGGCCCAGACCUGGAGGGGGAGGGAAAGGGAGCAAGUGGCAGCUGUCUCCGUUACUCCUGGAGCAAAGCGUGACCCUUUAUGGACCCUCGCCCCAAACCCUCCCGCUUUGUAGAGCUGCUGAGCGGGAACUUUUAAGAACAGGUUGCCGUUCUUCAGCAGAAGGGGAGCUCCUACAAGCCGGACGGGUCUCCAGCGGGCCACCCCGAGGAAGGCAGUCCAACCCAAGGAGAGCUUUUGGGGGACAGCUUUUGGGGGACCCCUUUGACGAGCAGAGGCACUUCUGCAAUCCAAGUUGGGGCAACCCCUAAAUUCUGCCUCUAGCCAGGCCGGGGGGAACUUGAGAGUGGUUUUUCCUGCUGUUUGUUCCUCAGCCUUUUCUUUGGGACAAACUGGGCCGCUGUUAAGACUUGUGGACGUCCAA